AUGCCAAGCAAGCCUGUGCUGACAUUUGUGACUGGCAACUCGAACAAGCUCAAAGAGGUUAUAGCUAUCUUAGGUGCUGAUUUUCCGUUCGAGUUGCGCAAUCAGGCUGUAAAUUUACCGGAGUUGCAGGGUGAGCCUGUCGAUAUUGUCAAGGAGAAAUGCCGCCUCGCGACCAAGGAGGUUCAGGGCGCUGUGCUUGUGGAGGACACAUCACUUUGCUAUAAUGCGCUUCAAGGGCUACCUGGCCCUUAUAUCAAGUGGUUUUUGGAAAAAACGGGCCAUGAAGGUCUCAACAAUAUGCUGGCUGCUUACGAGGACAAGUCCGCGUAUGCCCAGUGCAUAUUUGCCUACGCGUCGGCGGGGACCGAACCACAAAUUUUCGUUGGCCAAACGCACGGCAAAAUUGUUUUAGCCCGAGGGCCAACUACUUUUGGCUGGGAUCCGGUCUUUCAGCCAGAUGGUUAUGACCAGACAUACGCCGAAAUGGAAAAGAGCACUAAGAACAAGAUCUCGCACCGCUUCAAGGCCUUAGAAGCACUUAAGGCUCACCUCAUCAAGUCCUUAUAG